AUGCUGCGGGACGCAUCAUUCCUCGCGGUCUUACUGGCACUACAGGCCACCGCAGCCAAUAUCAAGGGCUAUAUCCGGCCUAAUGAGAUCCUCAAAGGCUCGUCUGCCGGACUUCCAUACGGGAAGCGCUCAUACUCUGUAGAUCUUUCAUCCCGCGAGCUCUCGCCUGCUACGCGCGUCGUGUUAGAUGGAGGACGAUGGAGUGCAAGAGUGACCAAGGGGGGAGUGUGGGAGCUACAGGGCAUACCAGAGGGAGAAUGGGUCUUGGACGUGUUAAGUCCUCAGUAUGAUUUUGACCAGUACUUGGUGCGGGUGCCGGCCGACCCCUCCCAACCGCUGACACUCCACCCGCAUACGCCCUUCGCACCUCUCUCCAGCGCCGUACAUACCCUCGCCUCUCCACUGUACCUUUCUCCUACCCACUCUCGUGCAUGGCAACAAGUAGACAGCACUUUUGCUACGCAGAUCCGGGGGAUGUUCGGCAACCCCAUGAUGCUGCUUAUGAUUGCCACUGUGGCUGGUGUGGUGUUAGUGCCGAUGCUGCUGAAAAAUAUGGAUCCCGAGGCACUGGAGGAAGGAGGAAAGAGGAGGGAGAUGAUCGCUCGGGGUGAUGUGGGGAAUGGGCUUAAAGGGCUGCUGGAGGAGCAAGGAAAGCGCGGUCCUGCUGAGGCUGUUGCUGCCCCUAGCGGGGGGAGACCAAAAGGUAAGGGACGUAGGAAGUAGUUGUUAUGCCAUUAUUGUACCUAUACCUUAAUCCGCGGAUAAAACGUCAUUUCUCC